AUGGCUCCACCUCCAGCUCCAGUACCAAAGGAUAGAUGCCUGCCAACUCCUAUGGGUUGUCUUUGCAUUCUUUUUAUCAUCGUCGUUGCUUUUGGCAUGCUUCUAUUUGCAGUUUACGACAACAGUUCACAUCCUAAGCUUCCAUAUUUUGGAGUGGAAUCAGCUUCUCUCAACUCACUUACUAUGAAUGGUUCUAGACUCAGUGGUGAAUGGAACAUUAACCUCACCUUUACAAACCCUAACAAUGGCUGGAAUGAAGCCUCUUACAACACUAUUUGUGUUAGUAUCCUUUACAACAAUGAGCAUAAUCCAAGUCUUCUUGCCUCCACUCAGUUGGCACCUUUCUCUAAAAAAGAUGAUGCUACGGUCUUAAAACAAGUCCAAUUUAAGAUGGAUCUACAUGAUGCAGAAAUUGAACGUAGUUUCUCUUGUGGAGCAGUUAACUUUGAGAUUGAGAUGUCCACUUCUGUCAGAUUCACGGGUGCUUUUGAUUUCCGUAAGGAUUAUUCUUUGAAAGUUCUUUGUAACCCUCUCACCAUUAAACUUUCUCCAGGAUCAUCAAAGUGGGCUUUAGCACAGGGUUUAACAUGUCAGACUACUACUACUUCUGGAUGA